UGCUGUUCAGCUAACUAACAGUCGCUGUCCUCCGCACUGGCCAAUAACGCCCUCCAGGCCAACCCCACGUUCGCGGGGCAAUGUGGUUCGGGUAAAAGCUGUACUCCAUCCACUCCACCAGAGUCGAGAUGCGGAUGAGUGUUGUUGGAUGGAGGGAGCGCUGAUGGCCGUGUCACCCUCGUCUGCAGAUUUUUUGUUCGUUUCUUUUUUGGGUUGACUAUUUAAGCAGUACAACCCAGUCAUUUCCUCUUCCUCUUCUUUCCUUCACCUCCAUAUCUUUUCUUUCGUUUUCAUAGAUCAUUCGCUUUACGUCAUCCGACCAGCAUAAUGGCUAGCGCUACCACUGUUACCGUCAACAAAGCCAACAUCGGCGUCUUCACAAACACCAACCAUGACCUCUGGGUCGCUGAAGCGCAGCCUUCUCUCCAGGAUGUCCAGAGUGGAAAGGGAUUGAACCCUGGAGAAGUUACUGUUGAGGUCCGCAGCACAGGAAUUUGCGGAUCCGACGUUCACUUCUGGCACGAUGGUUGUAUCGGACCUAUGAUCGUUACUGGCGACCACAUCCUCGGUCAUGAAUCUGCUGGUCAGGUCAUUGCCGUGGCUCCCGACGUGAAGCACCUCAAGCCGGGCGACCGUGUGGCAAUCGAGCCCAACAUUAUUUGCAACUCUUGCGAACCUUGCCUUACUGGACGGUACAACGGCUGCGAGAACGUUGCCUUCCUGUCUACUCCUCCCGUCGACGGUCUCCUCCGUCGCUAUGUCAACCACCCAUCCGUCUGGUGCCACAAGAUUGGAGACAUGAGUUAUGAAGAUGGCGCGCUCUUGGAGCCACUCAGUGUGUCUCUGGCAGCCAUUGAGCGCAGUGGACUUCGUUUGGGUGACCCCUGCUUGGUUACCGGAGCAGGUCCCAUUGGUCUUAUUACUCUCCUCAGCGCUCGCGCCGCAGGUGCAUCGCCCAUCGUGAUUACCGAUAUCGACGAGGGACGAUUGCAAUUUGCCAAGUCGCUGGUACCCGACGUGCGCACCUACAAGGUUCAGACCAACCUUUCAGCGGAGGACAAUGCUCAGGGCAUCAUCAACGUUAUGAAUGACGGCAAUGGCUCCGCUCCGGACGCUCUGCGACCCCGUCUUGCUCUGGAGUGCACAGGCGUUGAGAGCAGUGUCGCCUCCGCCAUCUGGAGUGUGAAAUUUGGUGGCAAGGUCUUCGUGAUUGGCGUUGGCAAGAAUGAAAUGAAGAUCCCGUUCAUGCGUCUGAGUACCCAGGAAAUCGACCUCCAGUAUCAGUACCGCUACUCCAACACCUGGCCCCGCGCCAUUCGCCUGGUGAAGAACGGUGUGAUAGACUUAAGGAAACUUGUCACCCACCGCUACGCGCUCGAAGACGCCCUUAAGGCUUUCGAUACGGCUUCUGACCCUCGGACGGGUGCUAUUAAGGUCCAGAUCAUGAGUUCGGAGGAAGAUGUCAAGACCUCGUCGGCUGGUCAAAGUAUCUAAGAUAAUGGCGUUUGUUUGUGGUUGUGGGAUUGGUGUUGUUUUCAUUUGCAUUGUGAUGACCCUGUUUAUGUGAUAUUUCUUUUUCUAAAUACCUAUGCUAGAGACGCAAUUUAAACCAUAGAGAACCGGUAGCUUGAUUCCUACCGGAGUAUAAUGUGCUCCUGUUUAAAACCGC